CCUGCAGAUUUGUCCAUCCUGCAUGUACCGAGGUGUAGUUCAGCAAUGGCUCUGUACAGCUACAAGCUGGUAAUUGCCUAGUCUGGAAAAUGUUUUACUUUCUUCAACAAGCUUUGUUAAAAAAAUAAAACAAUUAUUCCCCAUUCCAGUUCUUCAUCUAGUAAUGGUAUGUGAGGGGUUAACCGUGCAGCUCCUGCUCCCUCAGAAAUCUACCUAAUUCUAUAUAUAAGAGAGGAGAGUGGAUCAUCAGCCCCUAUAGCUGCUCUAAAAUUCAAAUAAGGUUAACAGGUUGAGCCCAGUGUACAUAUAACUCCCAAAUUCGACGAAAAGACCAGUUAUAUGACAUUAGUUUGAGCCAGGCUGUUAUUAUUUUGUACUAGCGAUGACGCUCAAUACUCCUCCCAUUCUGAAGUAAUGGCUACACCUGGGAGAAAAGAUUCUGAUGACUCCCUUGGCCUUCCAUGAGUCUGUCAAAACCUGUUUACCAUAUACCCCUCCAUGAAACCACCUGGAAGCUACUUCAGCCUUAAAGGACCGGUUGCGGCACUGUAGCCAUGAAGUCUGCAUCCCACCAUCACUUGCUGCCCCUUUUGCUUCUUUUCCUUUUGUCAACAACAUAUGUACGAAAUGAGUUCAGGGCUCUGUCAAGGUCUCCUUCUCUUCCGCUGAUAAAGACUCUGCUGGACCAUGGGCCUCUCAAACCAAGCAUGGCAGCAAAACAAGAGCUGAGCUUGCAACACCUGCGCUUCAUGUUGGACUUGUACAGGCGGUCAGCCGACGGGGAUGGGAGACCAAGGACUGGCCGUCAAGCAGGAGCUGCAGUGAGGCUGGUGAGACCCCUCAAACAGGCAUCUUUUGUUACCGGAGAUCACUGGCACACAUGGACAUUCAUAUUCAACCUUUACGGGCUGGUAAGUGCAGAGCAGUUGUUGAGGGCUACUGCUGUGCAUCCAUUUGCACUCUGGCUGGGUGACACCUCCUUUUCCUGCAAGGUGGAUCUCCUGCCCAAGGCUGCUCUCUCCUCAAAAACUAGACAUCAUGCUGGAAGACGAAUGUGGGCAGAGACAGAUUUAACAUUGCACCUUAAAGCUGUGAUAGAGAGCUCAGAUAAGGCUUUGUACCUUCAGCUUAUGUGCCACAAGUCUGGAAGGCAACCAAUAAAGCAGCCAGCUGUUUCUUCCUCCCAAAUUCCAUUUUUGCUACUGUACCUCAAUCACACUUUGCACAGUUUAAGCACAGUGAACAAUAUGGCCGCUAGGGAACCAGGAAAGGGUUUGUCAGGAAAUGCUGUGCCUCGCCUGCUCAAAAGAAAAUCACGCCAGGCAGGAACUAUCGGUAUCAAGCUUCCAUGGUUUCCAAACCAAAAUGGAAAGUUCAAGAAUCAGUGCAGUCUCCGUCCAUUCUGGGUUAGCUUCCACCAGCUGGGAUGGGAUCACUGGAUCAUUGCGCCACAUAGGUACAACCCUGGCUACUGCAAGGGAGACUGCCCCAGACUUCUCCACUCGGGUUAUAAUUCACCCAAUCAUGCCAUCAUCCAGAACUUCAUCAAUCAGGUAGUGGAUGGAAGCGUUCCACGUCCAUCUUGUGUGCCAUACGCCUAUGGUCCUAUUAGUGUCCUCAUGAUUGAACCUGGAGGCAACAUUCUCUACAAAGAAUAUGAGAACAUGAUGGCGGAAUCUUGCACCUGCCGAUGAAACAGUGGCCCUUUCCUGGCUGCCCUUGCAAAAUAACAAGCACUUUAUUAAUGCCACUUUAACUAUUUAACCUACUUGUAUAAUGUAUGUAUAUAUUUGUGUGUGUUUGAGAACUAAUGGUGAAUCAAGCCUUUAGAUGUGAAUUAUUACUAGCAGGUUUGCCCAAAAAUAAUAAUGUAUUCUCCUUCCAUUCCCUGUCUUCCUCUGGCGAAAGCUAAAUAAAGACUUUUUUCACUUUUUCUAA